AUGGACCAGAAUAACGUGGUGGUCACUGCCAUCAGCGUGCUGCUUGGCACAUGUCUGAUCGGGCUGUGCAUCAAUCGCAUAUAUUUCUCCCCAGUGGCACACAUCCCGGGCCCGCUGCUGGCAAAGAUCAGCUAUUGGUACGUUUUCUACUACGAUGUCGUCUUGAGAGGGCAGUAUGCGUUCAAGAUCAAGAAGCUCCACGAGCAGUACGGCCCCGUUGUGCGCAUCAACCCUGCAGAAGUGCAUUUUGCAGACCCGGACUUCUACGAUGCCAUCUAUGCUGGCCCGUCGCAGAAACGGGACAAGUGGUCGUGGUUCUGUCGCCAGUUUGGGAUCCCCGACUCGACGUUUGCGACCGUGGGCCAUGAUCAACAUCGCCUUCGCAGAAGCGCCUUGAACCCCUUCUUCUCAAAGGCAAAGGUGCGAAGUCUGCAGCCGCUCAUUGAAGACGUGGCCCGCAAACUGCUCGCUCGGUUCGAAGAGUUCCAGAUGCUGGGUGAUCCGCUCACUAUAUCUCUGGGCUUUGCUGCUCUAACAAACGAUAUUGCCGAGCAGUAUGCAUUGGGUCAGAACGAGAAUCGUGUCCUGGCGAGAGACUUUGAUCCGAGCUUUCACGACGCCUCAAUCGUGGGUAGUACAAUGGGCCAUCUAACCAAGCAGUUUCCUUUUAUUCUCUCCUUGAUGCAGUCUCUCCCCGACGAUCUCACUAUCAUGAUGAACCGGAGCAUGGCCUCGUACGUAAAGCUUCAGCGGGACAUCAGGGCCCAGAUCGAGCUGAUCCACCGACAUCGAGAGAGCAGCGUGUAUAAAUCCUCGCCACACCAGACCAUCUUCCACGAGAUCUUGGAGAGCAACCUUCCCGAGGCCGAAAAAUCCACGUCUCGCCUCUGGCAGGACGGCCAGGUCACCGUCAUCGCCGGGACGCUGACCACCGCGUCCGCACUGUCAUGCACGCUUUUCGCUCUGCUCUCCCAGCCAGAGCUGCUCCGACGGCUGAAGUUGGAGCUAGCGGCGGCGAUUCCUAAUCCCAAUCGGUUACCGGAGCUCACUGCGUUGGAACAGCUCCCGUUCCUGACGGCCUGUAUCAAGGAGGGCCUCCGACUGAGCAACGGAGUCAGCACGCGACUGCAGCGGAUCGACCCAGAUAACCCCGUCGUCUUCGUCGACAGGACGAAACACCGGGGAAAACGCUACGUGCUGCCUCCCGGGACUCCUCUCUCCAUGACGGCCAUGCUCGUCCACUUCGACGAGUCCGUCUUUCCUCAGCCGCUAUCGUUCGCGCCGGAUCGUUGGCUUCACCACGCUGACGCCGACAGCCCCGCCCCCGCUCUGGACAAGUAUCUGGUCCCCUUCUCGCGCGGCACCAGGCAGUGCAUCGGGAUGAACCUGGCGUACGCAGAGCUCUACAUCACUCUCGCCAUGGUCUUUCGCGUGUACGGCAGUCCAGACGUGCGCAUGAAGGGCGACCGCGGAUACCUGGAGCUCUUUGAGACGGAGUGGGCCAGGGACGUCGAGAUCGUGGGUGACGGCGUCACGCCCUUGAAUCGGAAGGGGAGCAGGGGGGUCCGGAUCAAGGUCAAGUAG